UUACGAUUUAACCUAAUCCCAAAAAGAAAGGAGCAUAAAGGGAUCCUCUAAAACAAACCUAAUUGAAUAUUUUAUUUUACAAAAAAUACACAAAUAUUACCUAAUUUUAUUGAGAUUAAGAAAAUGGGUGAUGCAGGACAAGUGAUCACUUGCCACACUGUUGAUGCAUGGAAUCAACAUAUCCAGAAGGACAAGACAAAAUUGGUAGUGGUAGACUUUGCUGCUUCAUGGUGUGGACCUUGUCGAGCUAUUGCUCCAUUUGUUGCAGAAUUGGCUAAAAAGAUGCCCCAUGUUACCUUCCUCAAAGUUGAUGUGGAUGAGUUAAAGGAAAUUGCAGCAGAUUGGGGGGUAGAAGCAAUGCCAACUUUCUUGUUUCUGAAAGAUGGAAAGAAGGUUGACAAGGUCGUCGGAGCCAAGAAAGAAGAACUUCAACAGACGAUCGUCAAACACUCUGGCUCGAGUUCAAGCGCAUGAGUUCAAGUGCUUAAUUUUUGUCAUUCCAUUUAGAAUAGUAAGACUUUUUUGGGAAGAUGCAUAAGCAAUUGAUCCUUAUGCAUGAUUUCAGUUGCCUUUCAUGUGUUUCUUUUAAACCUUCGUCAUUGAUUGUGUGACAUUGUUUAUCAAAAUAUCUUUAUAAAUAAAGUUUGUGGUAUCG